AGAAAAAAAUGAGAAAAAUUAUAUUUCGACGAUGAAAGAAAUCUGUUCGGCCCUUCUUCUUUUAUUUUCAUCUGUCUAUGGCUAUUCUUCUUGUCCUCAACGUUGCCAGUGCUAUGAAGAUCCGGAUAGUCGAUCGCAGAUGCAUCUUAUCUGCAAAUGGGAUGAGCUCAACACCACAAAUCUCGACUCCCUAACAAGGCCAGAACUCGUCCGAACUUUGACAAUUCGAUGUCCUCACUUCUCCAAGAAGAAAAGCGUGCCCCUAGCUGGCUUAUUUCGGGGUCUUCGCAAUCUGGAUCGCCUCGAAAUUGACCGAUGCGAAUUGGCCAGCCUUCCAAGCGCUCUAUUUUCGGGACUGCAUCAGCUCUAUUCGCUUAUCAUUAAAAAUGCGAAAUUACCUGCGAUUCCGGACGAGUUGUUCGCCUAUACGCCGAAUAUGAUGACCUUGGAUAUGACCGGGAAUGAGCUGAAAAUUGAACCAUACGCGCUGAAGUCUUUAGGAAACUUGAUACACCUCGAUCUCAGCAACAAUUCCAUCAAUUUUCUUGCAAAUACUCUGAUCUCGCUUACGAAGUUGAAGGUGCUAACAAUGGACCACAAUAGACUGACGAAUAUUGAUUUUCGGAGGUUGCCUGAGGAACUGACGGACCUGUCGCUUCGCCAUAAUUUUGUCACCACUGUUCAUUAUUUACCUCAAAGUGCGAGAAAUCUUCGUCGAUUGGACUUGUCCGGAAAUUUGCUAGACUUCCUUUCCGGAAGCGGUUCUGUGAAUAUGCUCCCUGCUGGCUUGAAGCAGGCUGAUUUAUCUAACAAUCGGAUCGCAUUCAUUCAGGAGGGGGCUUUGGCACAUAUGGAGAAGCUGGCUUUGCUGGAUUUGAAACGCAAUCGCUUGACUGAACUGAAAGAAGGCUCACUCGCAGGACCAAAAACCCGACUACGAUUAUUUCUUGAAAACAAUCCAUUCAAAUGUCAUUGUGGAUUACGGUGGCUAUUACAUGCUAAGGAUAAGACCUCACCAGUAGUUCUCGAUCUGCCAACACUAACCUGCUCUUUAUUGUUAGACGAAAACGAACGAUUGAAUCUGACCACUGCUGAUCAACUCAAUCAACUUACUUGCAAGUACGAAAGUUUUUGCCCUGAAUCUUGCACCUGCUGCGAUGAUUUGCUUUGCCUUUGCCGAAUGGAAUGUCCAAAAGAAUGCGAAUGCUACCGAUCAAGCAACAUGGAACGCUUAAGGAACGCCCAAAACAUACUGGUUUGUCAAAACCUUAGAUUUGACCAUUUGGAAAAUCUUCCUGCAUCUACUACAGAGCUGCGAAUAGAUUCAGCUGACUGGAAAACCUGGGAUAUCAAAAAACUUCAGAAUCUACGCUCGUUGACGAGUUUGCGUUUUACAAAUACUCCGGUCACAGACGAUGAUAUCAAUUCUCUCUCAACCCUAAACUCUCUAACCCAUCUGCAACUUACAUCCACUGCCAUAACUAAAGUACCAUCACAGCUCGGACAUCUGUCACAUUUAUACCUGGCCGGUAAUAAACUCUCAAAACUUAGCAACGAAGAUCUCAAGGUUUUCGACAAGGUGAAGAAGCUCAGCCUUGGCGGUAACGGCACUCGAUUUCUGUGUGAUUGUGAUUCACCCAGUCCACUUCAAUUAUGGUUACGAGAGAAGAAGAACAGGGAUAAGGUUGUAAAAAAUUCAUUGUUUUCGCGAAAAUUCCCAAAAUAUAUUUUCCAUUUUUUGGUAGAGGAUAUUGAUGCGGUAAAGUGUUACCUACAAUCAUUUGGUACUGUCAAGGUUAUCGCUACACUGCCUUCAAACGAUUCCGUAUGCCCUGAAGAAACUACCGAAACAACUCAAUGGAUUGAGUUUGUCACAAACGUAGAACACUCACAGGGUUUGGAACGAAAGGCAACACCUACCCGAUCACUACAUGGGAUUACCAACGCUUAUGCGAUUAGUGAAGAACCCUCACCAGCUUCUUUGGAAAUUGCGCAUUCGUCAAUUUUGAUGAGAAAACCAACACCAAAUGGAGUUCAUUAUAUGAUGCCUGGGCCGAUAGAAGAACGAACAACAACACAGCUUAUUUUCACGACCCCAAAGCAAAGGAAGAAAUAUCACAGGGAUAAUAGUCCCGAUAAGUUUUUGAACGCCCUCAUUUUCGUCCUAUUUUCUUGUGUGCUGAUAUUAGUGAUAACAAUAGCAUUCACUUUGUACUUCAGGUUUAUUCGCGUCGAUAGCACUCCAAAACCGGAAAAGGAUCCUACCGAAGAAGCACCAUUGAAUGAAGUGGCUUGAGAUGGAAACUGUCCGAUAACAGGGAAUGCAUGAAUCGGCUAUAAAACUAUCGCAUAAUAUCUUGCCUGUGGAAGGGGGGAGAGGCGGAGGGGGAAAUAAGGGUGACCAUGCAGGAAGCAUGUUUUCAUGUAAAUAUUAUCUUUGAACUGAAAAUUCUCGUCUUUUACUCAUUUUCGCUAGUGAAUUUUUCGGUCUUUCUUUGCCACCGAGUACUAUUUUUUUCUUUUGUAUUUUCUUACGUUUUAUCUAUGAGAGAUGACGGUGAAUUUGUU